CAGCCCUGGUUCGAAGCCACCACCAGUUGCCAAAUUGAUGCAAAUUGUCAAACUUGUGUUUGUUAGUGCUUCUUGUAUUUAUAAAUUUGAAUUGGAUUUUUGUCAUCCAUAUAAAAUUAAGUAACUAAGUAAACAUUAGCUUAUGAAAAAAUACUAAACGUUUUCUCAUCAACCCCUCGAGUGACAUCGAAAUAUGGAAACGAUAUUGGAACAGCAACGAAGUUACCAUGAAGAAAGAGAACGUACCAUGGAUGCAAUGGUCAAAGAGAUUUUGCAAAAAAAGACGGGACAUCGCGAAACAAUUAACGCUGAUCACCGUUUGAAAAAUCUACAUGAUAGAUACAUAGAAUCUUCUAUAAGGCUUAAGGAGCUAUAUGAAGACAAAGAUGGUUUGCGAAAAGAAGAAAUUGCCGCCCUAUCAGGUCCUAAUGAGUUUCAAGAGUUUUACGCUAGACUCAAACAAAUUAAAGAGUUUCACAGGAAGCAUCCUAAUGAAAUCUGUGUUCCAAUGUCUGUUGAGUUUGAAGAAUUGGCUAAAAUAAGAGAAAAUCCCGCUGAAGAUUAUACAACGCCUGUUGAAUUCACAGACGAAGAAGGCUAUGGAAAAUAUUUAGAUCUACAUGAAUGUUAUGAGAAAUAUAUUAAUUUAAAGGGUAUAGAGAAAGUAGACUACAUAACAUAUUUGAGUAUAUUUGAUCACCUUUUUGAUAUACCAAGGGAACGCAAGAACAGUGAAUAUAGAAACUAUAUAAGAGCACUUCUUACAUACCUUAAAGAUUUUGUUAGUAGAGUAAAACCAUUAUUAGAUCAAGCUCAAGAGAUGGCCAUUGCUCAUCAAGAAUUUAUCAAGCAAUGGGAAGCUGGCACUUUUCCUGGAUGGCCUGUAAGUAUGAAAUCAGUAAAAGAAACUGGUGGUGCUCUAACAAAUACAGGGGCACAUUUGGACUUGUCAGCCUUUUUCUCCUGGGAAGAAUUAGCGUCACUUGGUUUGGACAGAUUGAAGUCUGCCCUUAUGGCUCUUGGAUUGAAGUGUGGAGGAACUUUGGAGGAAAGAGCUCAAAGAUUAUUCAGUACAAAAGGUCAAACGGCUUUAGAUAAAUCUCUCGUGGCAAAGAAAGGGGCUAACAAGGCCAAGGCUACAACUCAACAACGCCACAAGGAUAUCGCUGCUAUAGAGGCACAAGUUUAUAGAUUCGCGAACAUAGUGAGCAGUACCCGCGCGUCGACGAUAGAGAACGUGACGCGGCGCGCGGCGCGCGCGGCGGGCGAGCGGCGCGACGAGAGCGACGAGGAGAGCGACGCGUCCGCCGCCGCCGACCUCGACUCCGACGACGACGACGUGCCCUACAACCCCAAGAACCUGCCGCUCGGCUGGGACGGGAAGCCUAUUCCAUACUGGCUGUACAAAUUACAUGGUUUGAACAUCAGCUACUCAUGUGAGAUCUGCGGCAAUUACACAUACAAGGGACCCAAAGCAUUUCAACGUCACUUUGCUGAAUGGCGUCACGCUCAUGGCAUGCGCUGCCUCGGUAUACCGAACACUGCGCAUUUUGCUAAUGUCACGCAGAUUGAAGAUGCUCUAGCAUUGUGGGAGAAAAUCAAGAACCAGAAGGAGAACGAAAGAUUUGUCGCAGAAAAUGAUGAAGAAUUUGAAGAUUCCCAAGGAAAUGUUGUUAAUAGAAAAACAUUUGAAGAUUUAAAACGUCAAGGACUGCUGUAAAACUUAGUUUAAUAUUAAUAUAAAUGUUCUACAUAACUAAUAUUGUGUAAUUAAGCAUAAGAGGACAAAUAAAAUAUACUUUAGUAAUAAUAAAA